AUGUCUUUGUUAUGGAUGGGCGAAUCACACCGUGGGACGGCGGCAAACAUUGCCGAAUACGUUUCGGGUCCAUUCGCAUACGUUCAACCAAGUGCGGUUAUAAUACCGUAUUUGGAGCUAGCAGGUUUUGCAAAUGUGGCCAAGAUUGCAAGUCUAAAAGUAGACUCUAAACUAAUUGUGGCAUUGUUAGAGAGAUGGAGACCGGAGACACAUACAUUUCAUUUACCAACAGGUGAAUGUACUAUCACACUAGAGGAUGUGAGUAUGUUAUUCGGUCUCCGAAUCCAUGGUGAAACUGUUAAUGGCCCAACAAACGUAACCAAUGAUGUUUACAUGGAAAAUUUGGGCAUCGAACCAACAACUUCGGAUAAAAAUGGGGCUUCUGUCAAAAUUGUUUGGUUAGAAGCAGUAUUAACGCAACUCAAAAAUAACCUUAACCCGUCCGAGGCAGAAAAUAUUCUACAUGCAAAAAUUUAUAUUUUACUUUUAAUUGCUACUUUUUUAAUGCCAGAUAAGAGUCGCAAUUUGUUGCAUUCUUCUUGGUUACCUUUAGUAGGAGACCUUGAAAAAUGUAAUACAUACAGUUGGGGUUCUGCUUGUUUGGCGACACUAUAUAGACAUAUGUGCAAGGCGGUCCAUAAAGGAGUCAAGAGCAUAGGAGGAUGUGUUGUAUUACUAACUGCAUGGGCAUUCACACGCAUACCCUUGUUAGCCCUGGUUAGUAACGAGGUUCCAUCACAUCCUUAUGCAUUAAGAUGGUACAAACGAGGUAUGAAUUAUGGAAAUAAUCCUCGUCAUCAUCUACGAGGUUUAUUUGGAGGCCGUACAUACAAUAUCCAGUGUCUGAUUAUAAUGACAGCCGAGUCUGGAGUGCAACAACAUAUAUGA